UUACCUAAACCCACAAUUACCUAAACCCAAAAAACCCAUAACGUAACCCAUUUAGCCCAAACCCAAAAACCUAAACUUCAAACUCAAAACCCUAACCACAAUUAAAAAAAAAAAAGGACAGCUUUCUCUUGCUCUGCGUCCUUAUUUUUUUUGGCCCCCGCGCCCGACCAUGCCCAUAUGCCCUUGCUCCUACGCCCCUUGCUCUACGCCCCCUGCCAGCCUGCACCACCCUGCUCCCCAAGCCUUGCGCUUGUGCCUUUGCCCCCACCUGAGCUCGCCAGCCAUCACCAGCCUUGCUCUGCACCAACCCUGCUCUCCGUGCCUAGAUCACCUACACGCUUAAGCCCACUUCCAGCAAUCAUACCUCCCCUACUUGCUGCACCGAGCCUGCACGCCCUACCCCCUGCGCGCCUGCACCUUCCUCUGCCCGAGCCCAGAUCUGCACUCAUCACCCCGCCUCCCCCCCGAACCAAUCGCCAGUCAAUCCUGCACUCAUUACCCCGCCUGUACCUCAAUCGUGCAACCCCUCUGCGCCCCUGCUUGUUGUCCCGCGCCUCUGCCUCCUGCACGCUACAGCCAUACAGAAAAAACAACAAUACUAGACGAAAUUGGCAUCAUUGGUGAUUGACAGAGCAAGGCCUAUUUUUUUUCAUUUUUAUUUUUAUUUUAUCAGUUGGGUGUAUAUAUAGAGCAAAAGGCAGAGGUCUGAGGGGGGAUUUUCUGGUUGAUUUUUGGGUUCUUUUUUUGGGACCUGAAAGGGGUUCUCUUGGUUUUGAGUGUGGUAUUGAGGACGGCCUAAAAGAGUAUUUUUCUGUUGAAAGAAGAUUGGUGUCUUGAGAAAGGAGAUUUACGGGCUGCAAGAGGUAUAGUUCUGAACAGAGGAUUUUUAUUGGGUAAAUGGUGAAGGAGAUGGUGGAAGCUUGAUCCCGUGGGUGGGAUCCCUUCCAUCAGAUCCAGAUCCAUUUUUCUUUCAAAAAUUCGCCGUGUUUGUUUUCCUGUGGGUGUUUAUUUUUUUUAUCUGAUGUUAAGAUUGAAUGUGUUUUCUUGAAAAAAGAAUGAAAAGCCAAAAGAAAUUGUCCAGUUCGUCUUUAUCUGAUGAAUGUAUUUUUAUUUUAUUUUUCUGUUGGUUGUUUUUUCUUUGGGAUUAGAUGUAUAUUAUGGAGGAACUUUGUUUG